GAAUUCCCGUGUGCUAACGAGGUGACAACCCUAAAGGAGUGCACAAUUCGUCCACUGAAUCCAGAGAAAUCAGAGAGGAAAGAAUUGGGAGUUCCUGAGGACUUCCACCGGUCGAUUCGUUGGCUUUUGACGAGGUGUCGCUGACUUGGACGGUUUUCAAUGGCUUCGCAGGCGAUCAGGACGAUGAUCGCGUUGGAUCCAGUCAUCUCUGCCUCAUGCAUUCUCUCCGUGAUCGGAUUAUCUCUGCCCGUUGUGGUGCCUCCAAUCAGGAAUGCGAUGUCCGGAUCUGAACCCGUUAAACCUCCGAAACUCUCAGAGGUUGUUGAAGGCAUGAGGGGCUCGGGAUCCAGAUCCUGAUGGCAAGGUUCAGAAUGACACACAGAUAAUUAUGCUACACACUAUCCAGCAUGGGUUCUCGCACAGAAAGUAUGCCGUGAACCAGUAUUGGUGUUCUUGGUUGAUAUUGACAUUCUGUUGCGGCACAUGAUUCAUUUUGAGAUCGGAGUUUCGUCGUCUAGUUCAGCAAGUAUUGUAAUAUCCUACUAAAAGAGAUUAUAAGUUUCCACAAGAACCCGUGGUUGUUACUGUUCCUAGAUCUCAUUGCGUAUUGCUCCUUACUUUACAUCAGCUUCGAAUUUCUUGCAGUUCCCGUUGCUGCUCAGGUAGGUAACUCAAGUGGCAGGUUUCAGUGCCUUCAUACGAUAUGCAUCGUUUCCCAACGAUUUGAAAGCUUCAAAAGCCACCUUCCGCUUUUCUCCAAUGACUGGCAGUUGUCUGAUUCAUGUUCAAGGAUUGCUCUCUUCUUCACACGUGUUCUUUGUGGUUGGUGCACCGGUGAAAUCUUAAAUUUUCAAGAGAGUUACAUUCUGCAUUGUACUGAGUUUUGGUUUCAGUAUCUUUAAAUAUGAAAUGGC